AUGUGGUCAAAGGUUGCGAAGCUCGCUUCUCCCGCUCCACGCAAGACCGCUCCGCCUCGCACGCAGCUCACAGCUGAGGAGGUCUUCCAUCAACUCUCGAACCUCUUGAACGACCCUUCCGCAACAACAUCGCCAGACGCCGCUCGAGAUGAGGCAGAAAGGCUGCUGAGUGCCCUCUUGAGGCAGCUCAAGGCGGAGGAAGCGGAAGGACACGCCUCGUCAUCAGUGGGCCCCUCACUCGAGGUGAUUCUUCGGGACAAUCCUCUCGGUCAACUGGUCGAGCUGGCGAAGGGAGACGAACUGUCGAACGUACGAGAACCUCUGCUGCGAUGGUACGGGCGAACUGCGACCGAGCUGGACGAGGCGUGGCUUACGCAUGCUGCCGUCAACAAGCCGCUCGUGGCCCUCCUUCGUCAUUACGUCGAGGCCCAGGAAGCGCUGGCUCUUGAGGAGGAAGUCUUGGUCGUCGAGGCGAUGUCGAGCGUCGCAGAGCGGAUCAGAACUAAACCCGAACUGCUCGCCGUCUUCUUUCGCGACAAACCCACGACUUCGCGCCGUCCCGACGUCUCUGCCCGAAUAAACGCGGCGAUGAGCCGUUCUGUUAUCGGCAGCCUCCCCGAACCCCCUUCUUCUCCAACACUGUCACAAUCGACGAUGAGCGACGUAUCGCGAGCGUUCAGUGCAUCAAACACAUCGACCAUGUCUCCCCGCCGCCGAGCCGAGCACGACUUCGUCCUUUUCUCAUUUCUGCUUCGCUUCAUCCAUCGCGAAGGGCGACUCGGCGACACUGCGAGGUCCGGUAUCCUUACUCUCGUCGGCAUCGCCUUGAGCCUCUCCGCACCGUUUUCCGCCUCGUCUACGCCUCUCUCGUCGUCUAUGGCGACGCUCAUUCCGCCCGUCGCAGCGCGCGACGCGGUCCUGUCCUUUGCGGAGUACCUCCUCGAGUCGGACUUCGCUGAAGUACUGAGCGCAGGACUGGGAGCCUUGUACGGCAAUCUGCCGGGCAAGCUUCUCGUUCAAUCGGCAGACGCGGGCCAGGCGCACGCGACGGAAGGCGGUCCCUCAGCCAACGGCGGCAUGGUAUUGGGCGGUAUGGGCGCACUCCAUGACGAGGCGAACGCUGAAGAUGUCCAGCGACGGAAGGAGGAGGAGGAGGCGCGACUGCGAGCGGAAGGGUACGGCCUCAGUGGCUCGACCGAUUUUCGAGAGGCGCUCGACAACUUUCUCAAGUUGGUCGAAUUCACGCAGGACGUCUUGCGCUUAUGCGACAGCAUCGCGGCAUCGACGAACGGAACCAUGGACGAUGGCGAGGACGUGCGACAACAGCGGCUCAUCGUCAACGCCCUCACAUUCGCCAUUCUCGACUCCAUUCGCAAGCUCUUCCUCGAGAGCGUCCUCUAUCCGUCCGUUCUCGAGUGCUCCGAGGCAGAUGGCUCGGCAGUCGCCGUCCUCAGCUACAUCGACUCGCUACUUGGCGCGGUCGACGAGGGCUCGAAACUCGAAGCAACGAUACUCGCCUUCCUCUUCGGAGAAGACGACAGCCGACCUCUCGAGACUGCUUCGCCUACUCUGCGGGCUGCGGAUCCGUCGCCGUCGCUUCUGUCGCCGCGCAAGGCCAACGUGAAGAGGCGGAAGUCGUCGGCUCUCCUCCUCGUCGAGCGCUCGACCAGACCCUCAUCCGACUACUUCACCUCGGACGGCCGCUUCACCCUCCGCGAUCUCUUGACCGCUCACAUCGACUCGCCUUCGUCGUCCAUCUCAUCAGCCGCUCUCAAGCUCUUUCAGACCCUCCUCGCCGAGCACGACCGCUGGUCGCUCGCGCUGCUCGAUCCGGUCCUCGAUGCGUCCUCAACUUCUUUCCCGGUCGCACUUCGUCAGCAUGCUUCGACGCCUGCCACCUCGGCUGAAGACGAGGCGGGCGAGUCCACCGCCGACCGUCCGGCCGCCGCGUCUUUCGACGACGACUCUGACGAGGAAGACUUCGUCUAUUCAACCACUUCGCCGAUCACGCCGCAGGCUGCAGGUCGACUGAGCAUGUUCGACAAGACGCCUGCAGCUCUGCGACCAGUCCUCAGGUCGGCUCUCCCUGCAACCCCUUCCGCCUCUCUCCAUCGCGACACCCUCGACACCCUGCUCUCGUUGAUUGGCAUCAUCGACCCGUCCUAUCGAAAAAUGCGCAGCGCAGGCGGUGGUUCCGAAAUCACGAAGACCGGUUUCGCGAACUACCUGCGAGACGCCGAAGCGAGCUUGGCAGCCGAAGCCGGCUUCCGUCGCGGCCUGAUGGCGUCGAUGGACGAAGUUCGGGAGGCGUCGGAAGCGUCCGAACGUCUGCAGUGGGAUCGGCGGCGGACUGGCCUGUUUGGCGCCUCGAGGAGCGUGACUGGCCAAGAGUGCGCCGACGCGAAGACCGGCUAUCGCCACAAGUUGCGACCCUCCAGCAAGCUCAUCGCGCUGCUGCUCGACUCAUUCUCCGCCUUCUUCUCGCAUCCUCCCGACGUCAACCUCGCCCUCACUGCGGUCCUCGCGGCACUCGCACUCUCGCCCUAUCGGUCCCUCGAAGGCUGGCUACUGCCCGUCGUCAAGCCGAAUAGCCGUGCAGUAUUGAGUGAUCAACUCCUCCACCGCGACGGAAGACUUGGCGAAUCGAGCCGAAGCGAUGACGGUGACGACCGAUCCGUUGACCACGAGCUCGAAGAACGCAGCCGACGCGACGCCCUUUUUGCUCCGCUCUCACCUUCGCCAAAUGUUUUCACCGAAGACCCCCCUCCCUCUGCGACGCGAGCGGCACUCGCGACGUCAGACUGCCUGCUAUCCAUCCUCGAUGCGCUCGCCAAGUCAAUCGAGAGGUAUCGCUCGACUAUCCCGCAGUUCGACGACUACCUCUCUCAGCGUCGUCAGGGUCUUUUCUUCGCCGACAACCUGGCCGACGCGCUUGAAAGCGGUGACUUGGGCGGCGCCGCCGUCGAGGAGUCCGCGUUCGUCCCGCCCGCGUCUGACCAGCCGAGCUCACUACGUCCUACGGCGCCCAAAAAGUCGCCAGGACUCGGCUUCGGUGCAUUCUUCUCUCCUCGACGUCCCGCCCACAAGCGUUCGCCUUCCUCGCCAAACGCUCUCGCAACGCCCACCCGGCCCAGCCAGCUGAGGCGAUCGACAUCUGAAGAGUCGCUCGGCGGUCCUCGGACGCCUCCAUCCCGCCCGCCGGCUGCUCGGGUCUCAGCAUCAGGUCGCGCGGACGGGCAGCAGGGCACCGCCUCGCCUUUCGCAGCGCACUAUCGCGAGACCGGCGCCAUCACGGUCAAGCCAGUCGUUGUCGCAACGCCUGCACGGACGCAACAGUCGAGAUUCGCUUGGUCGACGUCAGGCGGCGACGAAGACGACGAGCUGGACUCGAACGGUCCGGCCGACUCGCCGACGAAGCACCUGUCUGGUCGGUCGCCAGUCGCCUCUGCCUCGCCAGGAGUGAGCUCGUCGUCCGCAACGAGCACGAGCCCUUCUGCGCCGCGACCAACCGCCAAAGACGCCGCAAUCAAGCCCGUCUCGCUUUCGGCCAUCCUAGACAAUGUCAUCGUCCUCGAGGAGUUCGUCAAGGAGAUCGCCGCCAUUGUCUACGUCCGUCGUGCGAUUGGCAUCGACGCCGUCACCUUCGUCGACUGA